CCCCGGUGGAUCAUCACGGACAGUCUUGGAUGGUCGCCCACCGUGCAGCCUCUUUUGCGCUUGCUUGUUUGCUUGCUGUCCAGCGCUAUAGUCUUUGGAUCACGUUAAUAAUUCAGCAUGACGCAGUUUGAGCCUCAGCCCGAGUGGUUUCAGACCCCACUCGCCUUGUCGGACAGCACUUUCAAUGAUACUGUGGCGCGGCCGGUGAAAAGACAUGCUGCGUGUGAUGAGUGCAGGAAGCGCAAGCUGAAAUGCUCCGGCGAACAAACUGGAUGCACACGAUGUCUGAAACAGGAUCUACUCUGCCACUAUUCGGAACAGAAGCAGAUGGGACGACCGCCGAAGAAGCGCUUACGGGAGGAAGAAGAUCCUUCGUCGCUUGGUCUAGAGAACGGGCUAUGGAACACAGGUGCAGAUCUCAGUCAGAUUCUGUCAACUGAUACUGUGGGAAUGGGGAUCCCACCGAGGGACACUUUUCAGUCGGGGAUCGCAGCCUAUACACCACAGACGACCCCUCCUGAUCCCUUGGCGGACGACACCCAAAGCCCACCGAGUCGCAUGGAUCUUGCAACGCCUUUGAACUGUGUACCGACGACCACCACGCCUUGGCCGGACUUCUCCAGUGUCUCUGCGGCGACAGCUAGUCUGACACCGCUGCCGCCGGACGUGUCAUAUCCAUCCCCCGACCCCACCGAUUCGCCCGACCAGCAAUGUUCAUGUCUAUCACGUCUCUACCUAUGCCUCAGCCACCUAUCCUCCCUCGCUCCUUUCCCGAUCUCGCAACAUACCUUCUGCUCAUUAUACAUCGCCGCGAGAACAGCCAGGGAGGUCAUCCGCUGUCGAAUAUGCCCCCUGCGCUUCAGCACGGGGAUGCAGAAUGUCAUGUGUACCGGGACUCUGCUUGCGGUCAUUGCCGAUUCAUGGCUCCGCGUGUACAAGGCCAACCCCGUGGAUCUGGGCAAGCAGACGACGUCUCCCGCAUACGCCGCGACGAUCGAACAGUCGAUUAAUCCGGCAGCAGGCUGGAAAGACUGGCUCCGUCAGACUGUACGAGGAGGGGUCGUCGGCGGGCCCUACGACCCCGCUGGCUCCCCCCAAGUCACGGAGACACCCAGUCUCCUUGCCCUGGUUGAGGAGAUGGAAGCACGCCAGCGAUCAUGGCACCAGUCGCAUCCAUUACCUGCGGAGGAGCGCCUUCUGCCCGUCCAAAACUGUAGUACAGGGGAGAGCGAACUGCUAUGCCUCCGCGUCAUCAAGAGCGCGAGGGAGGUCAUCGCCAAAUUCGGAUUCGAGCCCUCCGAUUAUCCGCAGGGAACGACGCCUGUGACCAGCGGGAUGUAGCUUGUGGUCAUCCGCGACUACCAUGUGUGCAUGAUAUUGAAGCGUAAAUCUGUUCUUUCGAUACCAUUGUGUUAUUUAUGCAGACAAUAAGAUAUAUGAAUAUACAAAACCGCCUUAUCUGCC